AUGUCAGGCAGAGGAAAAGGAGGAAAGGGAUUGGGAAAGGGAGGGGCCAAGAGGCAUCGUAAGGUUCUUCGCGAUAAUAUCCAGGGUAUCACUAAGCCCGCCAUCCGUCGUCUGGCUAGGCGUGGCGGAGUCAAGCGUAUCAGUGGGCUUAUCUACGAGGAAACCAGAGGCGUCCUCAAGAUCUUCUUGGAGAAUGUGAUUCGUGAUGCUGUCACCUACACAGAGCAUGCUCGCCGCAAGACGGUGACUGCUAUGGAUGUUGUCUAUGCUUUGAAGAGACAAGGCCGUACUUUAACUGGAUCGUGGAUAGCUGUAUCUUUAGCUAGCAAAGUGUACUCCACGCGGCGGGGCACUAUAUUGUACAAACCAACAAAAACCACUGCACACAUAGAAGCUCAAACUCAGUCAGAAAGAGCAGCAAAAAUAGAUUCAGAUCGAAAGAGGAAGAAAGAUUCGAUCUCACAAGAAGAUCGAAAUCGAGCACAACCGUCAAAACCAAAACACAAAGAAACUCAAAGGGAAAGCGAGAAGCACAAAAAGAGACCUAAAAUGGCAUCAUCAGGGACUCAAGUUCGAGCCUCACACAUACUUAUAAAACAUGAGGGUUCAAGAAGGAAGGCGUCAUGGAAAGACCCAGAAGGUCGUGUUAUUAAAAACACGAGUAGGGAUACCGCUGUUUCUCAACUUAAAGCAAUUAGAGAGGAUAUUGUUUCCGGCAAGGCUAAAUUUGAGGAUGUUGCUUCUAGAAUCUCUGAUUGUAGCUCUGCUAAACGUGGCGGCGAUCUUGGACCCUUUGGUCCAGGCCAGAUGCAGAAGCCUUUUGAAGAAACUACCUUCUCUCUUAAGGUUGGUGAGAUAAGUGACAUAGUGGAUACUGACAGUGGAGCUCACAUCAUUCUGAGGACUGGUUAA